AUGAAAAAGCAAUCAAUAUCUACAACUGCAACGCUUCCAAUACCAUAUUUUAAGGUGUAUUUCAAAAUUCAUUAUCACACUCAACCUGGAAGAGCAAUUUAUAUUGUAGGAGAUUGCAGUAUUCUUGGCAAUUGGGUUCCUACUAAAGGACUACGACUAUAAUGGAAUGAGAAUGAUGAAUGGACAAUAUGUAUAAAAAUAGAUCGAUCUAAAUAUUCCAAAAUUGAGUACAAAUUCAUAGUUAACAAUUACGAUUAUCCCACUAUGAAUGAUAUACUAUGGGAACCUGGAGAAAAUAGAGUAAUCACCAACCAUAUGAUUUAGAAUGAGACAAAGUCUGAAUAUUUUAAUUGUGAAUAUUGGGGGUAUAGAACAAUUAAAUUGAAAUUAAAUUACAACUUACCUGAAAAACAAAGAAUGAUGGUUAUAGGCAGUAUUGAGUAAUUGGGCUAAUGGAUUCACCCAGUACUAAUGAAAUAAUAAACCAAAAUAGACAUAUUAAACGGGGAGUCAGUGUAACAAUGGUCCAUCUCCUUCAUCGUAGACUCAAUGAAUUUCUCAUUCCGAUAUUUUUACGUCAUUAGGAAUGAUGACACGGGUUCAAUGAUAUGGGAAAGAGGCAAUGGAAGAUUUUUGAAGUCAAGCGAUCUCAGAUCCUUUCGAUAAGUUCAGGAUCAGUAUGCCAAAUCUCCAAUCAAAAUCAAAACUCAAUUGUUGACUGCCUGUUAACAUUUGAGACAUCACAAUAAAAAAAAUGGAUCAUUUUGUUCAGAAAAGCAACAAAAAUCUAACAAAGAAACUAGUAUGGGUUAUUCAUUUUCGGAUAAGGAACCUUCGUUUUUUUACUAUGAGUCCUUUGGAAGACUGAACAAACUGGAUUGGAACUUCGUUGUUCAAUUCUCCAUCACUCAAAUAAAUGAAAACAUUAUUAUAGGUCCUUAUCCAUAAAAUGAAUAAGAUAUAAUCAACUUGAGUAACUAUGGAAUCAGAGCUGUCCUAAAUCUACAAACAAGAUUGGAUGUCUAUCACCGAGGAGUAGAUUGGGAUGAAAUAUUAGCUAGUUAUAAGAAACACAAUAUUUAUAUGAAGAACUUUGAAAUCUUUGAUAUGGAUCCCUAAGAUUUUGAAAAAAAAAUAACUAAAGCAGUAUAAAUUCUCAAAAAACUAAUUAACCAGUAUGAAUUUGUGUACAUUCAUUGUACUUCAGGAAUUGGAAGAGCACCCUCACUUGCAGUGAUAUAUUUGGCAUCUGUCUUACAAAUUCCCUUAGAUCAAGCAAUUGCUUUCGUAAAAAGCAAGAGAGAGCACUUUUACAUAAAUCUAAGUAUGCUCAAAAAAGCUCUUCAAAAAACAAUGAUCUACAACAACGGUCUAGGAUAUGAUUAAAUCCCUGAAAUUAACGAAUUUUAAAUAUAAAGCUCUGGUCCUAUGUUAAUAUAAUAAUUUGAUUAUAAUAUACUUUGUUGAGUUGGAAAAGGAUAUGUUUAAUAAAUCUAUUAGAUUUUAUCA